AUUUCAAUUUUUUUCAUUUCACACACACAUACAAAAGCGACACACACGCCAACAGCGCAGUGAGAGGACCAAAAAAAAAGGUCGCAGAAAAACGCCCAUUAAAGCCGACGGUUACGAAAAAGAAUAUCCGAAAAAGGAUACGAAUACGGGUAGGCACAACCACCGACGAUCAACCACAUCGACGACAUUCCAGCGGAGCAGCAAAAAUAAAAAGCAGCAGCAGAAGCAGCAAAGGCAGGGGGCACGAAGAAGAAAAGGAAGAAGCCGAUUCGACGAUUAUCAAUUAUGAAUUUUCUGGGUUUCGGCCAGUCAGCGGACAUUGAGAUAGUCUUCGAUGGAGCGGAGCACAAGACAGCGGAAGUCAAGGGGGAGGACGGAAAGGUGGAGAAGAUGCUGCUCUUCUACGACGGCGAAACGGUAUCCGGCAAGGUGAACGUAACUCUUAAGAAGCCGGGCAGCAAGCUUGAACACCAGGGUAUCAAGAUCGAGUUCAUCGGCCAGAUUGAGCUAUUUUACGACCGCGGUAACCACCACGAGUUCAAAUGCUUGGCGAAGGCCUUGGCUCGUCCGGGCGAUCUCAUCCAGAACAAUAGUUAUCCGUUCGACUUCCCCAAUGUGGAGAAGCAAUUUGAAGUCUACGCCGGGUCGAACGUGCGACUGCGGUACUUUCUGCGCGCCACCAUUGUCCGCCGUAUUAGCGACAUCACCAAGGAGGUAGACAUAGCCGUGCACACGCUUUGCAGCUACCCCGAGAUGAACAAUCCCAUAAAAAUGGAGGUGGGCAUCGAGGACUGCCUGCACAUCGAGUUCGAGUACAACAAGAGCAAGUACCACCUGCGGGACACAAUCAUCGGCAAAAUCUACUUCCUGCUGGUGCGCAUUAAGAUCAAGCACAUGGAGAUCGCGAUUCUUAAGAAGGAGAGCACGGGUACGGGUCCCACGAUGUUUAACGACAACGAGACGAUCGCGAAGUACGAGAUCAUGGACGGGGCGCCCGUCAAAGGCGAAAGCAUACCCAUCCGGGUCUUCCUCGCCGGAUACAACCUUACGCCCACCAUGCGUGACAUCAAUAAGAAGUUUUCGGUCAAAUAUUUCCUCAACCUAGUGCUGAUGGAUACCGAGGACAGGCGCUACUUCAAGCAACAGGAGAUAACGCUGUGGCGCAAGGCGGAUAUCCCGCGCUACCAUGGAGCCCAGCAGCAGCAACAGCAGCAUCAGCAGCACCAACAUGUCCCGCUGCAUGCUCCGCCGCAUCUGGUUAGCGGUCCGGCGGCGCCCACGGUGGCACACUCGCUUAUUAGCUCGAGCACGGACAGCGGAGAGGCAGGCGGAGCUCCGGCACCACCGCCUGCGGGAUCCGAGUCCAAGAUGGGCCUGUUUACCAGGGAGAGCCCUAAUCAGGAGUUCAGCCAGCAACAGAUGGAUUCGCCGCCACUGACGCCCACGCCAGCGACGGCUUCUGUAUCAGCUUCAGUUCCCACACCAGCGACAUCUGCUUCAGAACCAGCUCCCGAGCGGGGCAUGGGCGAUGGAGCCGCAGCGGCCACCACAAGUGCCUCGCCGGUUGCCAUGCUGUCUAGUUCGCCGCCGCCAUUGCUGCCAGCGUCGCCACUCUCCCGUUCCGAUGGCGAAACUCUAGAGGAGACCCGCCCGGGUGACGAGCAUGCCGGAGAUGCUGCCGCGGCAGCUACGAAAAAGACCGGCGUCACGCCGCUGGCCGCUGAUUGAGUGGAAAACUGGCGAGGAUCUCCAUCUCCGCGGGGGGACACGCAGCAAAAGCAAGAGCAGCACCUGCAGGCGGAACUAUUACGCAUAUAAUCGUAUACAGCAGAAGAGGAGCAGGAGUAGAAGCAACAAAUAUUCAUAUAUCUAUUUUUUUAAAGUUAAUUUAAAGUUGUUACAAAAUGUUUUAUUGAGGUUAUGCGCAUCAUUUACCAAAAGCAAGCAAAACGCAAAUGAUAGUAACGAAAAACAAAACGAAACCUAGAAAAAUGAAACAAACGUAAACAGGAGGCGAACUCUUAGCUAUAACCAAUCUCCAGACGUCGCCAUUGGUAUAAGUGCUAAAAAAAAAACGAAAGAAGAUGCCGGAGGAUCCCGAACCCCCCAAUAACUAAAUAAACCCUCUAGUAUUUUGAUGACGAUUCCCUGUGCUCAGGGCGUUUGGAAAAUAUGAUUUUUCAAUUUGAAAAUGUUAAAAUUGCUUUCUAAAAGUGAGAAUUCCCUGAUCUUGAAAUCAAAGUGUGCAUUAAACUAAACAAACUCCAACACAGAUAACAGAUAAAAGCAACAAGCAGAAAAAACAAGACAAAAAUUAAGUAAUAAAGUUGUAGUCUAUAGCGUACUAACAAAUCUAUGCUGGAAGGAUUCAGUUAAUGGCGAUAUAUCCGAAGGAUAAGAAGUGGAGACGACAAAAAUAUUACAUGCCUUGCAUAUGUACAUAACACAAUUCAUAUACAUUAUAUAAACGAAAUAUUGAAAUAUAUACACAAAUACAAACGCAAUUAAACGAA